UUUAUGCAUCAGACACUGAUACAUUUUGAUAUUCAGUGAAAACAUGUACAUGCAUCAGCCACUGAAAUUCAAAAAUAUCAAUUAAAAAUAAAGGGCUUGUAAGGAUGAUGUGUCAACAUUUGAAUUUUAAAAAAAAUGUAUUUGAAAUCAGCAUGAAGUUUGACGGAUACACUCUGCAGUGUGUGAGCUGCUCUGACUUGCGCGUCAGGCAGGAUGUGUCUCCUCCGGAGGUGGAGGCGCCUCUUGGCUCACUUCGCUCACUAUAAAGGAGAGAGGGACGCACCUCCCAGCUGAUCCCGUUAGUGUAUCUUCCUCCUCCUCCUCCUGCUCCUGCUCCCGCUGUAGUGCCGCUGUGUUGCCCCCUCUCGGUACAGUAGGCUCGUCUCUCUGGAUGUGCGGACACUUGCUGCGCUCCUCUUAAUGAUCGGGAGGGACGUCAGGAGAGGGAGAAGCACCGGGAGGCACAUGGCUGGAUGACAUGAUGUUCCUACCCUUUUCCCCUCCCCCUUCCCCCUCUCUCUUCCCUUUUUUCCUUCUACUUCUCCUUUUCCUUCCUCCAUCCCUUAUCUCCUCUUCCCUCUCCCACGUCCCGUUGAGCUGGACUUCGCCUCACGACCCCUGCUACCACCUAGACGGCCGCCCGCGACACUGCCUAUCGGAGUUCAUCAACGCAGCCUAUGGCAUCCCAGUCAAUGCUAGCCACUCGCUGCAAGGGUCCGACUAUGACAGCAACAUCACCACCUUGACGGACCUCCACAACCCCCACAACCUCACCUGCUGGAUGGCUCACAGAGGUUCUGGCACCGGAGAAUGGGUCUUCACGCUGCCUCUUGGCCGCCGUUUUGAGAUCACCUACAUCAGUUUGCAGUUCUGCCAGCAGGGGGAGCCAUCGGACCCCAUCUCCAUCUCCAUCCUCAAGUCAAUGGACUUCGGACGCACUUGGAGGCCGAUGCAGCACUACUCAAGUGACUGCCUUGGGAACUUCGGCCUGCCCUCUCAGACGGUGGCCCAGACAAGGCACCAAGAGACAGAACCCCUCUGCUCAGAUCCUCGCCCUCUGCAAAAGCAGCGGGGGGGCAUGGUGCUGGCCUUCUCCACCCUGGACGGACGGCCUUCCUCUCCGGAUUUUGACCACAGCCACACCCUCCAGGACUGGGUGACAGCCACGGACAUCCGUGUGGUAUUCCACCAGGUCUCCAACAACGCCAGGGUGAGCAACUAUGGUAAGAAGGAAGACACACGAUGGCGUGAUGGUGCAGAGCAUGACGGAGGGACUGGGCUUCUGAGGUGGAGACCAGGCUCCAAGGGGCGCACUGGAGAUCAUGUCGAGAAGCUAAACACAGAUAAUGCACUGGUAUUUUUUGACAGGGAUACAAAAAACUCAGAGAUAAGGGGAGCAAACAGAGGGGAGAAAGUGGACAAGCAUGGAAGGAGGGGUCAUUAUAAGUCGUCAGGACAAGACGAGGAUGGGCACAAUGUGACCAGCAAGGAAAGGGAUGUUAGCUUUAGCACAGACUCACUCGCCUCUUCAAAAAAAGGCGGGAGAGGCAGAGGCCGUGGUCGCAAGAAGGAAAACAAUGAUUGGCUGCCUUGCCCCAACGGAGGCUGUAACUGGACAGUUGAGGGGCGGAGCAGGAGCAACAAGGGGCGGGAGCUGCGGAAGAGGAGGAACAAUAAUCACAACACCAAACAAAGCUCAAGGAACCUGCAGGUCCCCCCACCCGCUGCUUUUACCUCUGCUGUCCAAGGUCCUCUGGCCCUCUCGGACCUGCAAGUCGGCGGCAGGUGUAAGUGUAAUGGACAUGCCUCUAGGUGUCGCCGCGAUGACACAGGCCGGGCAGUGUGCGUGUGUGAGCAUCACACGGCCGGGCCAGACUGUGACGUGUGCGAGGAUUUCUACUGCGACAGGCCAUGGCAUCGAGCUACGCCCACACACCCAAACCCCUGUAUUGCCUGUGAGUGUAACGGCCACACAAACAAGUGCCGCUUCAGCAUGGAGGUGUUCCAGCAGUCGGGCCGGCGUAGCGGAGGCGUGUGUCAGAAGUGUCGCCACAACACGGCCGGACGCCACUGCCAGUACUGCCAGAACGGAUACACCCGCGACCACGGCAAGCCGCUGAACCACCGCAAGGCCUGCCAGCCGUGUCAGUGCCAUCCUUUAGGGGCGGUGGGUCGCUGGUGUAACCAGACAUCAGGUCAGUGUCUGUGUCGAGAAGGUGUGACCGGCCUCCGUUGUAACCGCUGUGCCCCGGGGUACAAACAGGGCAGGUCCCCGAUCCGGCCCUGCAUACGAAUUCAAGAGGUCGCGCCGACCCCGGUGUACCAACCUCAGUACAGCAUAGCGGAGGAGUGUGUUUCGUACUGCCAGCCUUCUCAGGUUAAAGUCCGGAUGAACUUGGAGACUUAUUGUCUGAAGGACUACGUGCUGAAGGUGCAGGUGAGAGGGAUGGAGCGUUCAGGUCCAUGGUGGCAGUUCUCCAUCUCAGUCCAAACCGUCUUCCGCACGGGGUCCACCUCCCGUGUGCGCAGGGGCACCCACUCCCUCUGGGUCCCCGACCGUGACCUCAGCUGUGGCUGCCCGGCCCUUCACGUUGGGCGGACUUUCCUCCUGAUUGGUGCAGAGGAGGGGGAACGGGGCUGGGGCCCUGAGGAGAGUCGCCUGGUGGCGGACCGCUCCACCCUGGCCCUCCAGUGGCGGGAACACUGGAGCCCCAAACUGAGGGGCUUCCGGGGGCAGGACAAGAGGGGCCGCUGCCCGCCAAAGUCCCCCAAUGGGCAGCAGCACCACCGUCACAGGGAGCAAACAAAGACCCAGUCUGGGUACAUCCCCCCUCACCUGCUGACUGAGAAAGACACUCAAACCUCAGAGGCGCCGCACGUACACUCUCAUACAGACAGCGAGGUUAAAUCCUCAGAGCCGACCUCCUCGCCAACCAUGCCCACUCUGGUGUGCUCUACUCCAGGUCAUGGGUGAAAAAUCACAAUUUUUGCCAAAAGAUGUUCAGGCAGUCUGCAAAAAGAGAAAGACUAUAAUGAGAGGAAAGGUUUUUACAGUUCUUCCUGAAGGCUUCAGGACAGAAACGGGUGUGACUUUGCUCCACAGCUUGGAGAAAGUUCGAAAAAGCUCUACGACACACACACACACACACACACACACCCACACACACACUCAGCUGUUAUGUGAUGUUCAAGUACUUAUCUUAAAAUGUGAAUGUCAAUGGUAAAGCAAAAACUCACCCAUGAGGAAAAAAUGUUUGCAAAAUUUCCGCCAACAACCUUGGUGCUAUGUGAAAUAUUAAUUCUAUAAAUGUUGAUAUUUUCUACUAAAGAAGCUUUUAAAAAAUUAAAGUCUGACUAAACUCUG